AAUCAAGUCUAUAUUUUUGUGAAUGAUUUUAAGGAGAGAUUUUAAGCCUAGAUUAAAUAUCUAUUCCUUUAUAUUACAUGAUCAGAUCUAAGAAGCUUCAAGUGGAGAAUGAUAGAUAUUCUUGUGGAUAGAAAAAUAAAAAUCGAUUUAAAGAAAAACAAAACUCAAGAUAAACUGAUAUAGAGCGCCUGGAGAAUAAAAGUUUAAAUAACGAAUAUAUUGCAAGAGCGCCUAGUUUCAGACAAAAACACUGAUUCAUCAACGAAUCUCAGAUAUUCUGAAGGAAUCAUGAAUAUGAUGGAUGUUGUGUAUCUUAUUUCUUCACGAAAUAACACUUUUAUCUGGAAUGCUGAUGAUUGGUUGAAGCUUCGACGGGAUCACAGAAUAAUCGGCGAAUUAGUAGGUUCUUUUCCAAAAUUAACUAGACAAGAAAUAUUUUUAGGUCUCCCAUUGCUUUUAUUGCCAGAAGAAGUUACUCUAUUGCUUGAAAAGAAAAUCGCUUGUCUCAUAGAAUGUACGAGUCUAAAGACACAGCCAGAUGAAUCAUUAAAUCAAAGAUUUCAGGAGUACAGAGAUAAAUUGUUUCUGGAACAAGGAAACUGUCUAAAAGACAACAGAAAAAAACAGAUUACCUCUGUGAUGGACAAGAUUAUAGAAGGAAAAAAACGCAAGCUGUUAGGCUUGCACACAAGCAAAAAGAAUAUGAGGAAAUCAUUGGAUAAAAAAAUGCAGGAAGCCUUGAAUAAUAUUGAAAUCGAUUCUGAAAGUUUGCUUGAAGAAGAAUUGGCUAAGUUGCCCAAACUGAAAAAAAGUGAUGCACUCAUUCAAAUACAUACAGCAUAUCCAUGGUCUAAUAAAGAUGAUGUAAAAAUAGUGAAAUGGAAAUAUCCGCUUACAUCUGAUCAGCAACUUAAGUAUAAGGUAUAUAAAGAUCUUUGGGAGAGGCAAUAUUACAUUACCAGUGGAGAAAAAUUCGGUGGCGAUUUUCUGGUAUAUCCAGGUGAUCCAAUAAUGUUUCAUUCACAAUAUAUCGUACAAUGCAAACGUGCGAACGAAGAAAUACCUAUCACGGAUGUUAUUGCUCAGUGCAGACUUAGUUGUCAUGUUAGAAAAACAUUGGUGUUUGCUACGUAUCACGAAGAGAAAGAUAUAGUGAAAUAUCAAUCUUUUCAGUGGACAGAAUGUAAUGCAUUAGAAGACAGCUGAUAUAACAUUUUAUUUAAAAAUAUUUAUAUUUUGUUGAUAUUAUUUUCAUUGUUUUUUU